GAAUUUGAAAAUUUCAUCCUAUGAAUCAGUUUGUUUUCAUUUAUAUAUAUAUAUAUAUAUACAUUAUAAAGGCUUGCAAGUUUGUGCCUUUGAGGUGUUUGAGAAAUGGCUUCUUUUGCAAUGGAUGAGUUUUUGGGAGAUGGAGAACUAAAAGGAUUGAUCCCAAAGCUUCUUUCAUGUGGAUGGGAUGAUGUUCCGACGAUCAAAAUGAUGAAUUCCGAAGACAUGGAUCAUUUGCACCUAACACAGCAACAAAAGGAUGCAUUGGAGCUAAGAUCAUACCUGCAUGAUCGAGCUUUAAUGGAAUAUGCUGAUAGGCUUGAAGCAUCAGGCAAAUCUCUGGUUGAGCUUUUAAGCACAAACACGGUAGUUCUUUCUUCGCAAUUUGGUAUGAAAAGAGGCCAUGUUGUACGUUUUGUCGAUCGAGCCAGUGCUUGUAGGAUUUCAAUGCCUCCUAAUUCUACUCUUCCUGCUCGACAAAAGAGCAUUCCUGUUGUCAGUAAAAAUGAAGUCUUUGACAGAUCUAUAACUCCACGAAGGAUGCAAAUGGCUCGAUCACCAUUAAGAGGGAGCUCAAAGUAUGAAAUGUCGAUCGAGCAAUCUGAGUUGGAUUAUAAGAUUAAAGAAGGGUAUGUUUUCAAAGGAGUUGUCGCCGCAGAGCCAGCUGAGCCUUGGCUUUGUGGCUGCAUUCAGCCUCCUCCAAUUGCUGAUGAUGUUGCACCAUAUGGAUCGAUAGAGAAUAUUUCUGUGCAGAAGCUUGCACCUGAAUAUAAAGUCGGAAUGGAAAGGUUAGUGAUCGCGAAGGCACCACCAAUGAAAGCCUCAGAUUUAUGGCGCAAUAAACCCACUAUUCUACUGUGUAUUAGACGGCCCGGGUGUAUAAUGUGUAGAGCAGAGGCUCAUCAAUUGUAUGCGAGGAAGCCGAUAUUUGAUGUUCUCGGCGUUCAACUUAUUGCUGUUCUGCAUGAACAAAUAGAGUCUGAGGUUAAAGAUUUCUGGCCACGGUACUGGGGCGGGACUGUUAUUCUUGACCGAAAUUUGGAUUUCUACAGAGCUCUGGGAGGUGGAGAAUUGCUUAAAGACAAGUUUGUCUCCGGCUUUCUACUUAAUCGCCGUGCUAUUGGAAAUUAUCGACGUGCAAGAGCCACUGGAUUAGAGUAUAAUUACACAGGGGAAGGUGAAAUCAAGGGUGGGCUUUUUGUAGUUGCAAGUGGAAGAAGAGGUAUUGCGUAUCAGUUCAUCGAAAGGAAUUUCGGUGAUUGGGCACCUGUUUCUGAAGUCAUCGAAAUUUGCAGUAGGAUACAGAAUCUGUUCCCGAAUCAAGAGGAAUCGAACACUGCAAGCUUCAGCUUGGCGUGAUUAAGAUUAAAGUUCUUAAAUACGUUAAUGUAUGCUUUGAACGUCUUUUAUUUUUCUUCGUGAAAAUUGAAGUAAAAGAAUCUAAUUGUGCAAGGAUAUCAACUUCGACAGUAUGAUACUUUCAUUGCCAAGAGAAGCUGAUUGUUGGUUUCGUGAUCAAUCAAGGUACAAAAUCGAUGUUGUAUUAUGGCUUUUUCCAUAGACUUUACUUAUUCUGAGAAAGAAUUGUUCAAAUUACGGUCAAUGAUUUGUAAAUUUGUGAUAUUAAACGUGUUUUGGAUCCAAUGCACGAAGAAGUUACA